GGCACAGACAUGAAAUCCUCCCAUAUUCACCCAGCAGUAUAAAACUAGUGAGGAGCAGCUCUCGGCACUCUUCAGCCCAAACACAGGGGUUCGCUGUUACCAAGGGCUUAGUGCUGCAACUGAAACUGGGGAAAAGAGAUGGCACCUGGCAAGAAGGGUAUCCUCGAGCGUCUGAAUGCUGGAGAGGUGGUGGUUGGCGAUGGGGGCUUUGUGUUUGCUCUAGAGAAGAGGGGGUACGUGAAGGCUGGACCAUGGACUCCUGAGGCCACUGUUACACACCCUGAGGCUGUGCGGCAGCUGCACAGGGAGUUCCUGAGGGCAGGAGCUAAUGUCAUGCAGACAUUCACAUUCUAUGCCAGUGAUGACAAACUGGAGAACAGGGGUCAAUCUCUGAAAAUCUCUGGGGCUCAGAUCAACGAGGCAGCCUGUGACCUGGCAAGAGAAGUAGCCAGUGAAGGAGAUGCACUUGUAGCUGGUGGAGUGUGUCAGACUCCAUCCUACCUGAGCUGCAAGAGUGAGACCGAGGUUAAGGCCAUCUUCAAGAAACAGCUGGAUGUGUUCAUGAAGAAGAAUGUGGAUUUCCUGAUUGCUGAGUACUUUGAGCAUGUUGAGGAGGCGGCGUGGGCUGUGCAGGUGCUGAAGACCAGUGGAAAGCCUGUAGCAGCUUCUAUGUGCAUCGGACCAGAGGGAGACAUGCAUGGUGUUUCACCUGGAGAGUGUGCUGUCAGGCUGGUGAAGGCUGGGGCCCAAAUCGUUGGAGUCAACUGCCAUUUUGACCCCAUGACCUGCGUGAAAACUGUCAAGAUGAUGAAGGAGGGAGUGGAGAAGGCCGGGCUGAAGGCUCACUACAUGGUGCAGCCCCUGGCAUACCACACUCCCGACUGCAGUUGUCAGGGAUUCAUUGAUCUGCCAGAAUUCCCCUUCGCCCUGGAGCCCAGGAUCCUGAGCCGCUGGGACAUGCACAAAUACGCCCGAGAGGCCUACAACGCUGGCAUUCGCUUCAUUGGUGGCUGCUGUGGAUUUGAGCCUUAUCACAUCAGGGCUGUGGCAGAGGAGCUGGCCCCCGAGAGAGGCUUCCUCCCAGCUGCAUCAGAGAAACACGGAAUGUGGGGUGCUGGUCUGGAGAUGCACACCAAGCCCUGGGUCAGAGCCAGGUCCCAUCGUGAUUACUGGGAGCAUCUCAUGCCCGCAUCAGGUCGUCCCAAGUGUCCAUCCAUGUCCACGCCCGAGUGCUGGGGUGUGACCAAGGGCCACGCUGACCUGCUGCAGCACAAAGAGGCCACCAGCAGCCAGGAAAUGAAGCAUGUUCUGGAGAUGCAGAAGAAGGCCAAGUCAUCUGCUUGAGUGAGGGGAAGGAGUGAAGUCUUUCCCAGUUCAGUUUGGAGAAAAGAAGCACUUGGAACAGCGAUGCUCCACUUGUGGAGUAUUACUAUGUAAACCCCAAAACAAUAAACCUGAGUUUGUUCUAAUUUUA